CGCAUACAAAGGACUUCUGCGGCAGACUCCGGAGGUAGCACUUGCAUUGGUGCCACAGCUUCCCGCGCUCCUUCCUCCCGCCGAGCCCCUCAACAUUCAAGCUGUCCCUCUUCCUUCUCUCUAAAUGCCUCCCUUCUUCUCUUACACUACCCUCCCUUACCAACUGACACAACUCCCCUAUCCUAUGCGCAACUUCCCCGAGUACCUGGUGGAGCUGACAGACGUGGAGCAGUUGCCGCCCGCUGACGAGGACGCGUGGGAGCUGCAUCGGGCACUGUAUUCAUCGGUGGUGCUGUGCAUGUUUACAUUCUUCGUAGAGCAUGAAGUUCAUAACGUCGGCGAGUUCCUGUAUCUAUACUACGUAAUCGCCAAGCCGAAGCUGGAGCGGAAGGAGGGAACCGUGGCGCUUUACCCUUUCGGGAGGAUGGGAACGAAUCGCCCGGGGCUCUUGCAGCUCAGUCACAUCGAGCUGCUGUCCAUUGCGCAGGUUAUUGCCGCAGAAGAAGAAGACUUGCAGCUCAGACUGCGCACCGCUUCAGCCCCGUGCAAAGCGUAUAACGAGGCGAUGAUACGUGACUACCUGGCACGUGAGGAGGAGUUCGUGGUGGACUUCGGGCGCGAAGACAAGCCGCUGCGGCCUCCAUCAUCGUAUCCAAAGCCGGCGGCCCUGAAGGCACCGAGAAAGAGAACCGUCCCGAAGCGGCGACGAAGUCCAUCGCCGGAAGCUCAGGCCAGUCGGGUGGGGCCUGUCGAGGAGGUUGUCCAGCCUGCGCCGGUGCGCGGAAUCGAUCCGGUUCGCGAGAGAAGAGCCACCCUCAUCAUCGCACCCCGACUGGGGGAGGACUGCCCUGCCGAAGAACCGCGGAGAUCCACAAGCCAUCGGGAGUCGACACCUCAGCGGCCCCGCCUCCCCGACCUCAAUAGCCAUGCAGCCAGGCCAUCAGGCGGAGGGGGGGGAUUGGGACGAGUUCCAUAUCCCGCAUCCAGACCCCCCCUCCUUGUAGGACCGUUCCGAUUUCGCCAGCCCGCCCGGGAUACCCCGGUCAUUGAUAUUAGCAGUUCCCCCGAGCCGGACGGUCCAUCAAACCGACGUGGAUCACAUGGUGGAACUGGCCACCAUCCGGCUUGAGGCCAUCGAGGGGGCGCCGCGCCCUGAUCCGGCAUGGGAGGCGUUC